AUGACAUAUGCCAAUCCUUCUGCCACACUUAUGUCAUAUGCCAAUCCUUAUGCCACACAUAUGACAUAUGCCAAUCCUUCUGCCACACAUAUGACUUUCCAGCAGCAACCCUCUACAACAAGGGUUCGUGAAAUUUCCAAAACCAAUGCAGCAAAAGUGAGAAAAGAUGUUACCAAAACUAAAGUCAAAGAACUGAAUAAAUUAAUCAAUACCAUUAAUGAGGAUUUAAACAAAGAAAAGGCUGAGAAGAUAGCAGAACUAACAGAAUGUUACAUGCAAAGCAUUAGCAGCAUUGGUCAUGCCCAAUGGUUGGCGGCCCAAAAUGACGAUCCCGAAAUUGCAAAACGGCGCAUGAUGAAACGUUAUAAGAAGAACAUUAAACUCCGCCAGAAUGUGGCUCUGUCGAAGCUACACGACGACAAGGUCACAAAAUACGUGCGAGAAAACAAACACAUCAUUUCUAGGAAAGCAGCUUUGGAAACGGAGAAGGCACGAGCUCUGAAGAUAGCAUCAUUGCCUCCACCAGAGAAAAAUAUUUUUGAAGAAGUUAAGCAAUUGAUGGUUCCUGCAAGGAAGAACAAGUCCAUUGCUCCGCAUUCCCGAAUUUCUUAUCCAUCUCCUCCGCUUGUGGAAAAACAUGACAAGAAUUCGGUGGAAGACGGCUACCUUGCUGCUCAAGCUCAAGAUUUACUUCUCCAAGAACAAGAACGACAAAUAAAGCAGACUUCAGAGAAACAAGAACAUAUUCAGAAAGAACGUUACCGAAAAGCCUUACAAAUAGAAUUACUCAAUAGGGAUAGUAAAAAGAUGAUGAAGGAGAUCAGCUUCAUACAAAAGAAGCAAACCAGGCAGAGACAGAAGAAUUUGGCUAAAAUCCCUCUAACUCUGUCAUUCCUCUCCCUCCCUUCCCCUUACUAUUACACUUCAGCAAUACAUAAAAAGAAAGAAAGCAACAAACAAACAAAAAGCAAAGCUUAUUAUGGCACAACGAAAUCUACCUUACAGUCCCUGUUUAAUCGUAUUAAGUCCCAGCGGAACGAGUGGAUCAGUGGAAUGACUGACAGUUUGCAGUAUGUUGAAACUGGUCAAGAGAAAAUGGACAAAUCUGAUUAUCUCAGAUCACAAAUUCCCACAAGCAGUGAAGAAGGGUCUUCUGAUUUUCCUGCCGAUGAGGUGAGCACUUCAGUUCCCACCCGUGAUGGGAUCGGCUUCAUUCCAAGCACUGAGGACACAGAUGUGUCUGAGGUUAGAGUUGUCAAGGUCCAUGAUAAAGGGGAUGAAAGUAAAGGUGUUGAUUCUGACAGCAUCACAGAAGAAAUUAGACAGCCAGGAAUUCCAGAGCCAGUUUCCAGAGCUUUUAAACUUCAGCAACAAAUUCAACAAGUUAUGGAACAGAAAAGGAGAAUCGAGGAACAGAGAAGGAAAUUAGAGGAAAAACUCCAUAAUUUUGAUAAAGAUAAACGUGUCGAUCAGUUGAGUGGUUACAAGUUUAGCCCUCAACAGGUUGCAUCACUUGAAACCAAGGAAUCUGUCAGAGAUUCCACUGACCAAACAGACUCACCUGCCAAAAAACAAACAUUCCCAAAAGACCAAACGGCUAAUAUCCAAGAACUACUGGAACACGGCAGAGCUCUCAUUCAGUCGAGUAUGGCACACAUCAAAGAUUCUAUGGAAUUACACCAAAAGGAUUCCGAUAGCUUAGAAUUCUUGCCUCAGUUAAGUUCGACUACAUUAAGCAAGCAUUUUCCAUUGACAUUUGCAAAUUUACCUGACAAUAUUUCCAAAGUCAGAGAAUAUCAAAAACAUCUUCUUCAAAAGCAUGAAGAAAAAUUAAAAUCCCCAUUAUCCAGCUUAGAAACUAAAAUUCCUUCCCAGAAUGCAGUAGCAGCAACUCCUGUCUCUGAAAUGCAAGAUACAGGUGAUGGACCGUUGCUUCUGUCCCCACCUUCCCCGACUUUACGUCUUCCAUUUGAUCAGAAUGAAGAAUUAGUUGGUGUUGAUGUUGGUACAGAUUACAGCAGAAUCAGACCAAAUAUUUCUCUGUCUUCUACUACAAGUCACGAAGCCCAAGAACCAACACCGACUUCGAAACUGGAGCAACUGUUCCAGUCUUUUAAGACACUGAAAGGUUUGAAACCAACUUCUGCUAUGACAACUGGAAAGACUGAAACCAAAUUCCAGGAACACCAGCAGCAAUUAGAAUGGCUAAAUUCUUUACCAGAUUCCUUGCUGCCUUCUUCCACUUCUUUUGACAACAUGGAGCCUGAAAAUACCUUGCAGUUAGAAGACAUUCUUUUGCCGUCUGGAACUGAUGGCUUGGAGUUUAUUGAAAGUCAAAAGCCAAGGCAGCAAUACCAACAACGCCAGUCUGGUUUGUUAAGUCUGGUGCCAGAGAAAUCCAAUGUGCCAUUUUAUGAUGUUGAUUUAUUAAACAUGUUGCCUGAGAAAGAUGCGGAAAGCUUGCAUUCUGAGGACAGUCAAAAACUGUCGCAAUACACCGACGAUGAAAGUUCGUCGUUUUUGACAGAACUUUUGUCAUCUGGAAUAAAUGGACACACAGAUACUGGAUACAGCUCUGAGCAUAUCAGGAGCCAUGAUUUAAUCAAAAACGCUUCCAACAGUAACGAUAGAAUUCAGAGCAACCAGUAUAGUUUACAGAAACAGCUAAGCAACAUUGAGAAGCAAACCAAGUUGCUCAAUCAACAGUUGUCAGCCAGCAACGAGCAAUUUGACAGACAAGUCAAAGCUGCUCUGAAACUUAAAGAAGAAAUAGGGAGCCUGGCAACCACAAAUUCACCCAGUUUCCAAAAUGUUCCUGCAGCUUUGGCAUCACAGAGGACGCUUGAAGGGAUAAUGGAUUUGCGGCGUCCACCUAUACAGCGGUCAGCGUUUAUUAAUGGUCAUUUUCCUCAUGAACUCAGUGCUAUUGAAGAGGCAGAAAGUAUAUUAAUGACCUCCUGUCGAUCCGAUAAUCACCGUCAUUACUCUUCUCUCUCACCAAUUACUGUUGACAGAGAUCACAAGAAAUCAGGCAUCCAACUUGACCAUUCCAACAGUGGCGACACUCCUCAGCACAGCAGACAAGAUUUCAAUCCAUCUCAGACCUCAGUUUCCAUGGAUCAAGCGCCAUGUCUCUCGUCAACUGGUUUCCCAGAUCCAAAUGUUUCUUCAAGAAGUGACCCUUUGAGUCCCAGAUCUUUUACUUUAUGGAAAAAUACCUGUGUUUCAGUAUCAGGGACAGCAGAAGAAGAUUCAGGUAGAAAUGGAAACCACUCAGCAGAUAAAAUCUGGAGAGAAAUUCUUGAACGGUCAAGAUCUCAUGGGAGUUCUGAAGAUGUGUGUGGCAUGAAUCAUGGAAACAGCAUGGAGUUGAGCCCAACGUCAAUGAAAACUGCAAACUCUGAAAUAAAUUUUGGUCCUCUACAGUGUGAUCCCAAAUCAUCAGAGACCAGUUCCGAUGAAAUAAAAUUGCCGUCGGUUUUACCACCUGAGUCUUCAACAGUAUUACCUUCAUCACAUCUGACAGCUGCUGCUUCUGAAAGUUCUUUAUCAGAAAUUCUAUCUGAAGGUGGUUCCUUGUCCACAGAACUUAUGGACAACCACAGAGACUUGUCGGCGUUUUUGGCCCAGCUACGUCUUUUAGCACUAAAGAAUCAGGCAAUUUCAAUCAAUUCCUUAAGAACUGUGACGACUAAACCUGAUGCCAUGCAAAACUUUGCAGAAGAUGGCGCAGCUUCUGUUACUGACAAACCAUCAUAUAACUCGGUGCUUUCUGUUGCCAAUGCUACAGUUUCUACAAUAGACAAUGCAACAAUUCCUGAAGCUGAUAGGAACAGUGUGGACCAAUCAGAAAUAUCCAAGUUUACUCUCUUUCAUUUCUCUGAUAAAAAUGUCAGCAGUGCUGCAACAAACGGUAACAGUACCACUUUUGAUUCUGCCAUUGUUAAUAACAUAACUAGUCAAGAUUCCGUAUCAAACAUUGAUUCUAUUCCUGUUCUUGAAACUUCCACUCCAAGUGUUUCUGUUCCAGAAAAUUCUUUUGAUCUUGGAGAAAUUAUUGCUCCUCUCCUUUCUAAAUUCAAAGACCGCUUGUUUAUCAGUAACCCUUUCCGUGCUUCUUCACCCAUCUCCAGUUUGACUCGCGUAAGCAAACUGCCUGACUCUUCUUCUCUUAGCGCUAAUGAAGACUUGUCUCCAAAGACAGCAGCUCAGUAUGACGACUCCUCUUCGCAAAACACUUUCCCUUCUCUUGAAAAAAUCAGAACUGCUCAAGCUCUCUCUCCUCAGGAACCAGCUUAUCAAAACUCGCCAACCCCUCAUUACUGUCCACCUCAAACAAACACGUCCACACUGGACUCUCUGCCCUUUUCUCACACCACAUUACAUAGCUGUAGUGACCAAAGCAACAUGACAAGAACCAAUCAGAUAUGUGUCCCAGAACCACCAGAAUUAUUGUCUCCCACAAUUUCCCAAUAUUCCUACAGUUCAUCAUCCAGCCUUGAUGAAAUAGACACAGAUAACCACCGACUAUUAGCACCAGACCAAAAUUUGUGUCUUUCAGACAAAUCAUUCCUUAAUUCUGUUGAAGUUGUCAAAGAAAUCAACCUACAAAAUUCUAAAGAUCAACAACAACAGCCGACGUCUAUCUCAGUUCCAAGUGAUUCCAUGCUUUAUUCUAAUCUUUGCAAUCAGUCGCAGUCUCUCUCUUCCUCCUCACCACCACCACCGUCCAAUCAAGUCGUCUCCCAGAAGUCGCCCGGUGCAUCGCACCUUUUGCUGAAUGGUGCCAUCAAAGACCAAGGUUUGGAAGAGUCCAGUGUCUCAGACUCGACAAGUCGAUCUCAAUGUACUGUUGUGAUGAGGAAAGUUUCAUCCAAGAAAAUGCCUUUAGCUCACUCUGCAUCUUCGCCGUCAUCGUCAUCAUCGACAACAACAGCAACAAUAGAGAAAACAGACAAAACUGCUGCAAUGAAAUCUACAUCGUUUGCAAACUCAGCACAAAUUUGGUCAGAGAUUCCUCCACCCAAAGCCGCAUCCAAUGCUAUGAUUCCACCCCAAAACACUAAAUCUGCUGACUGUCACUCAUCCUCAUCAGCCUCGUCUCUGACUCAGUAUUCUUAUUCUUCCUCUCCUUCCUCCUCUUCUUCCCAAGAAGAUCUUUCUACCAAUUCUAAUUGCAUUGUACCAAACCCUUCUAAAGGACCUGCAAUGUGUGAAGCCAAAAUUUUCUUCAACCCUUUAUCAAAUGGUGCUGAUGUUAUCACGCAGGAGGAAAAGGCAUUGUGGGGAGAUGGGCCCAAGGCAGAUGAUGCUAACGAUGGAGCCUGGUUCUCUCUGUUACAGGAGGACGUUUCUAUGGCAACAUCAAACGGCUCACCACUUUUCAAACAUGAAAGCCUUCCCCUCAGUAUAUCUCCAAUUCUCAGUUCUAUCCACAGCGAAAGUACUGAUGACACACCAGACCGAUAUUCCUCUCCUCCAUUACAGUUCCAACAGGUAACCUUACAGUCAACCUGCAAAAUGGAGAACCCUUACCGUCAAACCUUGCCUGACCCCGUAACUCUCAACGUUGUCAAUUCUUCGUCUUCACCACAACCAAUGUCAACAUUGACAACGAUGACAGCCACGACACAACAGUCUAAUGGGAAUAGCUUGUCCCUCUCGGGUGAAAAUAACUCAUCAUCAGGACAAGCGGUCACCAUUUUGACCAGUUCCAGUACUCUUAGUGGUCUGAGUGAUUUAUCUCUUCCCAGCAACAUCAAACAAGACUAUCGAGUCCUGUUAGAUCAGGCGAGAACGUUUAUGAAGCGCUUCAAAGAAAACGAGAAAAAGCAAAAUGCCUCAGACUCCCAGGCUAGUCAAAAUGUGUGUAAGGAGCCAACAGCUUUAGAACAACAGGGGCCCAAUCGAGCAACAGCUUUUGAACAGCAGGGGCCCAAUAGAACAACAGCUUUUGAACAACAGGGUCCCAAUUUAGCCACAGCUUUUGAACAACAGGGCCCCAAUAGAGCAACAGCUUUUGAACAGCAGAGGCUCACUACAGAAGGAGUGAAUGCACCAACAGCUCUUGAACAGCAAGGGACCAGCAUAACAACUGCUGGUGACCAACAGGGUCCCGUUGCACCAACUGUUACUGAACUGCAAGGUGUCGAUGAAAUUGUCCCUAUUGAACAACUAGAUCCCAAUGAUGUUGCAGAAAUUAUUCAGAGGCAUGAAGUUUCCUUGAAAAGAUUUGAUUCCAUAUUUGAUCAGAUGCAACAAUCCUCUGUUGGAAUUUUAGAAGAACCCGACCUAAGCUUGGUUUCCAGUGAAACACUUUCCAACUUAGAUUAUGGAAGCAGCUAAACAGACAAAUCCACCAAUUUGGAUGUCAGAUACUCAAUAAUUUAGAGGAUCAAUUGGUAGCAAUCUGAAUUAACACCUGAGGAAAACAGUGAGGACCAACAAACAAACAUCUGGUUGCUAUGGAAAACCAAAAUUAACAAAAGUGACCUUACCAAAGCUUUCAUUGUACCAUAAAGUUGUAGUUUUGAGUCGUUAUUUAUU